CCUUUUGGUCAUGACCCCCCACAACGACGUUAUGGCUAUCUCACCGGCUUGCUUCUAGUCUGGACCAGCGCCCUGACCGAAGCAACACCGCUCGUGCGGCCAUCGAUCACAUCUCCGGCGUCGCACAGCAGCUUUGCGCCUCUCCAGCUCUGCGUGAAGACAGCGAGAUAGCGGACGGUGAAGCAUGCGACCAAACAAACAAUGCCACGCGCCGAAGCCGCAUUCACGGCUGGCAGUUUGCACUUCGGAAAUGAUCGGAUUGGCGGAGGUGCCCACGGAAGGCGCAGGGAUGUGACUACCCCUCGACCCCACCAAGCGGCCUUGGAUUGACGUCGUGCUGAAGGCAGUGACAAAGUCUUCGCUCCAGCCCUCGACUGUUUGUCUUAUAUUUCCCAGCUCACACCAAGCUUCCCUCAUACAUCUACCCUCGACAACCCAUCAAGGUCAUCCCCGAAACUCUUUUUGCGAAACGAGUAAUUGGAAAAAGUUCACCACAGUAAUUCACCAUGGCUCAAAGCGUGCUGUCCACCAAGGCUGGUGUCAUCUACGGAGAUGAUGUCAAGAACCUCUUCAAGUACGCCCAGGAGAAGAAGUUCGCCAUCCCAGCUAUCAACGUUACCUCCUCCUCCACCGUAGUCGCCUCGCUCGAGGCUGCCCGCGAUGCGAAGUCUCCUCUCAUCCUGCAGAUGUCCCAGGGUGGUGCCGCGUACUUCGCCGGCAAGGGUGUUGGAAACAAGAACCAGGAGGCUUCCAUUGCUGGUGCAGUUGCAGCUGCCCACUACAUCCGCGCUGUCGCUCCCUCAUACGGCAUUCCAGUCGUCCUCCACACCGAUCACUGCGCCAAGAAGCUUCUGCCAUGGUUGGACGGCAUGCUCGACGAGGACGAGAAGUUCUUCAAGGCCAACGGCACCCCACUCUUCUCCUCGCACAUGAUCGAUCUGUCGGAGGAGUCUGUCAAGGAGAACAUUGAGACCACCGCUGCCUACCUCAAGCGCGCUGCGCCAAUGAAGCAAUUCCUCGAGAUGGAGAUUGGUAUCACCGGUGGUGAGGAGGAUGGUGUCAACAACGAGGAUGUUGACAACAACUCUCUCUACACCCAGCCAGAGGACAUCUACGAGAUCUACAAGACUCUCGCACCAAUCUCUCCAUACUUCUCGAUCGCUGCUGGUUUUGGUAACGUGCACGGUGUGUACAAGCCAGGCAACGUCAAGCUUCGACCAGAGCUCCUCCAGAAGCACCAGAAGUACGUGCAAGAGAAGGAGGGCACCAAGGACGAGAAGCCAGUCUUCCUUGUCUUCCACGGUGGAUCAGGAUCCAGCAAGCAGGACUACCUCGAUGCCAUCAGCUACGGUGUCGUCAAGGUCAACCUCGACACCGAUCUCCAGUACGCAUACACCGAGGGUAUCCGCGACUACAUGAUCUCCAAGAAGGACUACGUCAGCUCCCAGGUUGGCAACCCAGAUGGCGAGGACAAGCCAAACAAGAAGUACUACGACCCAAGAGUGUGGGUGCGCGAGGGUGAGAAGACCAUGUCAAAGCGUAUCCAGGUCGCGCUCACGGAUUUCAACACUGCCAACCAAUUGUAGAUAUACCUCAUGUGUUACGAGCAUUGUGUUUAGGAUGAAUUGCACAUCAUGAAGAAAUGAAUGAAAAGCUACUUCCAAAAUUGCACUCACUGCUUCUCGCGUUGCCUUACUCGUACUCUGCCGCGACUACGAAC